AUGUGGGGUCUGGUAAGACUCCUCCUGGCCUGGCUGGGUGGCUGGGGCUGCAUGGGGCGCCUGGCAGCCCCAGCCCGGGCCUGGGCAGGGUCCCGGGGGGGCCCAGGACCAGUACUGCUACGGAACCGAAGGAGCUGGGUGUGGAACCAGUUCUUUGUCAUUGAGGAAUAUGCCGGUCCAGAGCCAGUCCUUAUUGGUAAGCUGCACUCGGAUGUGGACAGGGGCGAGGGCCGCACGAAGUACCUGCUGACCGGGGAGGGGGCAGGCACUGUAUUUGUGAUUGAUGAGGCCACAGGCAAUAUCCAUGUCACCAAGAGCCUGGACCGAGAGGAGAAGGCACAGUACGUGCUGCUUGCCCAAGCCGUGGACCGAGCCUCAAACCGGCCUCUGGAGCCCCCUUCAGAGUUUAUCAUCAAGGUGCAAGACAUCAACGACAAUCCACCUAUCUUUCCCCUCGGUCCCUACCACGCCACAGUGCCCGAGAUGUCCAAUGUCGGGACGUCAGUGAUCCAGGUGACGGCUCACGAUGCCGAUGACCCCAGCUACGGGAACAGCGCCAAGCUGGUGUACACCGUGCUGGAUGGACUGCCUUUCUUCUCUGUCGACCCCCAGACUGGAGUGGUGCGGACCGCCAUCCCCAACAUGGACCGGGAGACACAGGAGGAGUUCUUGGUGGUGAUUCAGGCCAAGGACAUGGGCGGCCACAUGGGGGGGCUGUCGGGCAGCACUACAGUGACAGUCACCCUCAGCGAUGUCAACGACAACCCCCCCAAGUUCCCUCAAAGCCUGUACCAGUUCUCUGUGGUGGAGACUGCUGGGCCAGGCACCCUAGUGGGCCGUCUGCGGGCCCAGGACCCAGACCUGGGGGACAACGCCCUCAUGGCAUACAGCAUCCUGGACGGAGAGGGGUCCGAGGCCUUCAGCAUCAGCACAGACUCCCAGGGUCGAGAUGGGCUUCUCACCGUCCGCAAGCCCCUAGACUUUGAGACCCGGCGCUCCUAUUCCUUCCGUGUGGAGGCCACCAACACCCUCAUCGACCCAGCUUACCUGCGGCGAGGGCCCUUCAAGGACGUGGCCUCGGUACGCGUGGCUGUGCAGGAUGCCCCAGAGCCCCCUGCCUUCACCCAGGCUGCCUAUCACCUGGCAGUGCCUGAGAACAAAGCUCCCGGGACGCUGGUGGGCCAGGUCUCAGCCUCUGACCUGGAUUCCCCAGCCAGCCCAAUCAGAUACUCCAUCCUCCCCCACUCGGAUCCAGAGCGCUGCUUCUCUAUCGAGCCCGAAGACGGCACCAUCCGCACGGUGGUGCCCCUGGACCGCGAGACUCGUGUCUGGCACAACCUCACAGUGUUGGCCACAGAGCUCGACAGCUCCGCACAGGCCUCCCGCGUGCAAGUGGCCAUCCAGACCUUGGAUGAGAAUGACAACGCCCCCCAGCUGGCCGAGCCCUACGACACCUUUGUGUGUGAUUCUGCAGCCCCUGGCCAGCUGAUUCAGGUCAUCCGGGCUCUGGACAGAGAUGAAGUUGGCAACAGUAGCCGUGUCUCCCUUCAAGGGCCUCUGGGCCCUGAUGCCAACUUCACUGUCCGAGACAACCGAGAUGGCUCUGCCAGCCUGCUGCUGCCCUCUCGUCCUGCUCCGCCCCGCCAGGCACCCUAUCUGGUUCCCAUAGAGCUGUGGGACUGGGGACAGCCAGCUAUGAGCAGCACUGCCACAGUGACUGUCAGCGUGUGCCGCUGCCGUCCUGAUGGCUCUGUGGCGUCCUGCCGGCCCGAGGCGCAGCUCUCCCCCGCUGGGCUCAGCACUGGGGCCCUGCUUGCCAUCAUCACCUGCGUGGGCACCUUGCUUGCGCUGGUGGUGCUCUUUGUGGCCCUGCGGCGGCAAAAGCAGGAAGCGCUGAUGGUGCUGGAGGAGGAGGACGUCCGCGAGAACAUCAUCACCUACGAUGACGAGGGCGGCGGCGAAGAGGACACCGAGGCCUUCGACAUCAGCGCACUGCAGAACCCUGACGGGGCGGGCCCACCGAACCCGGGCCCUCCAGCGCGCCGCGACGUGCUGCCCCGGGCCCGGGCGCCACGCCAGCCCAGGCCCCCCGGCCCCUCUGACGUGGCCCAGCUCCUGGCGCUGCGGCUCCGCGAGGCGGACGAUGACCCCAGCGUGCCGCCCUACGAUUCGGUGCAGGUGUACGGCUACGAGGGCCGGGGCUCCUCCUGCGGCUCCCUCAGCUCCCUGGGCUCCGGCAGCGAAGCGGGGGGCGCCUCCGGCCCCACCGAACCACUGGACGACUGGGGGCCGCUCUUCCGCACCCUGGCUGAGCUGUACGGGGCCAAGGAGCCCCCGGCCCCCUGA